GUACAACUUGCUUCUUUGCUUCUUUCUAUAUAACCACAACACAUCUCCCCAAUUUCUUUGUUAGAACCGUUUCUUUUCUCUCAUUCUUUCUUCAGAUCCAAAGGUACAAUGGCAGGAGGAUCAAUGGCCCCAACACCAUUGUUGAAAGAUGAGCUAGAUAUAGUCAUACCAACAAUUAGAAAUCUUGAUUUCUUGGAGAUGUGGAGACCCUUUUUUCAGCCAUACCAUUUAAUUAUUGUACAAGAUGGUGACCCUUCUAAGAUCAUUAAAGUACCUGAAGGAUUUGAUUAUGAGCUUUAUAAUAGGAAUGAUAUUAACAGGAUUCUUGGUCCUAAAGCCUCUUGUAUCUCUUUUAAGGAUUCUGCUUGUAGGUGUUUUGGUUAUAUGGUUUCUAAGAAGAAGUAUAUCUACACCAUCGAUGAUGAUUGCUUUGUUGCCAAAGACCCAUCUGGCAAAGACAUCAAUGCACUUGAGCAACACAUUAAGAACCUCCUAUGUCCUUCCACUCCACAUUUCUUCAACACUCUCUAUGAUCCAUACAGAGAAGGUGCAGAUUUUGUUCGAGGCUACCCUUUCAGUAUGCGCGAGGGUGCUCCCACGGCUGUAUCUCAUGGUCUUUGGCUCAACAUCCCUGACUAUGAUGCACCUACUCAACUUGUUAAGCCACGUGAGAGGAACACGAGAUAUGUUGAUGCGGUCAUGACAAUUCCAAAAGGCACUCUGUUCCCCAUGUGUGGAAUGAAUUUGGCAUUCGACCGUGAGCUUAUUGGACCUGCAAUGUACUUUGGGCUCAUGGGUGAUGGUCAGCCCAUUGGUCGUUAUGACGAUAUGUGGGCCGGCUGGUGUACCAAGGUGAUAUGUGACCAUUUGGGACUGGGUAUCAAGACUGGUCUACCCUACAUAUGGCACAGCAAAGCGAGCAAUCCUUUUGUUAACCUUAAAAAGGAGUACAAAGGCAUCUACUGGCAAGAAGAGAUCAUUCCAUUUUUCCAGUCUGCAACUCUUCCUAAAGAUUGCACAAGUGUUCAGCAGUGCUAUAUCGAACUGUCAAAACAGGUCAAGGACAAACUUUCCAAGGUAGAUCCUUAUUUCACCAAGCUAGCGGAUGCCAUGGUUACGUGGAUUGAAGCCUGGGAUGAGCUCAACCCCACUGGCGAAGGCUUGACUAAGCUAUCCAUCUCAAAUGGCCCGGCAAAGUAGAGGUUCCAUUUAGCUUAUGGUCCUCUUUGUUUUAUUGCGUUGAGUUGAGCUGGUUACAGUUUUUAUCUAUCUAUUUUACUUGUUUAAUUUUGAUCUAGGAUUCACUUUUAUGUAGACUCUAGGCUCUAGCUUUUUGCUACCCUUGCAGAGGUUGUAUUAUUAUUUAUUUGUUGAAUUUAAUUCCAGACUUGAGAGUUCAGAAUAUUCAUAUUUAUUCCUUUGAGUGAAAAAGUUUCUAUGCCCUCUA